AUGAGUAGUCGAUCGAGUCGCACUAUCUACGUCGGCAAUCUACCUGGAGAUAUUCGUAUGAAAGAAGUUGAAGGUUUAUUCCUGAAGUAUGGGCCUAUUGUUGACAUUGAUCUCAAAAUCCCUCCAAGACCGCCAGGUUAUGCUUUUGUUGAGUAUGAAGAUCCUCGUGAUGCUAAUGAUGCAAUUUAUGGCCAGGAUGGGUACGACUUUGAUGGGUUUCGUUUACGAGUUGAACUAGCACAUGGUGGACGGCACUCCUCGUCACAUCGUUCCAGCAGUUACAAUCGUAGUAGCAGCAGCCGUGGUGCCAUGCCAGAAGCAAGGUGGAAUCAGGUUCACAAUCAGAAAAUGGAUACAACAGCUCUAUCUGUUGCUAGAAAGCGGUUGGAGGAAUCAAAUCAGCUACUAUCCAAUGACAAGGGGGGUCCUGCACAAGAACAGGAACUUGAAUCAUUUCCUAACACUAGUGGAUCAUGA